AUGAAACUCAUCGUAUUCGCCACUCUUUGUGCUGUUGCUAUUGCUUUUCCACGAGAAAAGCGUCAGCUCUCAAUCGGUACCAUCUCGGUGUCUGGAGCCGGUGGAUCCACUGGAUGCGUUGUUACUGGAAACGUCCUCUAUGCCAAUGGAAUUCGUCUUCGUAAUUUGACCUCAUCCGAGCAAAGCGAAUUGGCCACCUACCAGACUGAAGUCGAACAAUACAAAACUCAACUCCGCGAGAUCCUCGCCCAACGUCGUGAGAACCUCCGCAACCGUUUGAUGUCUCACGGAAGAAACCAACAACAACAACAAAGCAACGACGUCAGCAGCCAAGGAACACCAGAUGAUGGAUCCAUCCCUAAGGCCCCAGAAAAGCCAUCUUUCUGUACUGCUGAGGAGACUACUCAAUACUAUUUCGAUGGAUGUAUGGUUCAGAACAACAAAGUCUACGUCGGUGGUCAAUUCGCUCGUGAUCUCACCUCUGACGAGGUUUCCGAACUUCAGACUUUCGACACUCAACAAACUGCUUACCAGAACGCUGUUCAGGCCCAGAUGCAAACUCAAGUUCGGGGAUUGUUCGGAGGAUCUGACUUCCUUUCUGCUCUCUUCGGAGGAGAUGAUCUUCGUCAACCACAACAACAGCCAUCGUCCACAACUCCAGCUUCCACCAGCUCAACAACUCUUCCACCAAAACCAACGGUGCCACAGUUCUGUACCGCCAUCUUCUAA